AGUGUGGAGGGCCCUACCCCUUUUAACUUUUGUUCUCCAAAAGGGCAGGGGGGGAAGGGAAUAAACUCUUUAACCUAAGACGUCUUUGAAACCUGGCCCUAGGACAAUGAGCAAACUGCCUUCCUGAGAAAUUGUUACUGCAGAUAGAGUUGUCAGUCAGUAAGGUCUGCCCACUCUGGGGCCAUUAAACCCACCCUCCUUUCCUUCCAGAGAUGGAGAAGCUAGCUAGAGACAGAAUCAGCUUGUUAGCCGAGCACCCUGUGGAGAGAGGUAACCCACAUUUAUCCUCAGCUGGGGCUGUCUUCAUCAUGCUGAAAUCAGCUCUGGGAGCAGGACUUCUCAAUUUCCCGUGGGCUUUCAAUAAGGCUGGAGGGAUCACAACAGCUGUGCUUGUGGAGCUGGGAUCAUUAAUAUUCCUAAUCAGUGGUCUAGUAAUCCUGGGAUAUGCCUCCUCCAUUAGCACCCAGUCAACAUACCAGGGUGUUGUCAGAGAGAUCUGUGGAUCGGCCAUUGGGAAACUCUGUGAAAUAUGCUUCAUAUUAAACCUCUUCAUGAUCUCCGUAGCCUUUCUCAGAGUUGUGGGUGAUCAGCUGGAGAAAUUAUAUGACUCCUACCUGAAUGAGACGCUGAAUGAAGGAGGGCCACCUCCCCAGCAUUGGUACAUGGAUCAUCGCUUCACCCUGACUACUCUUUGUGUCCUGGUCAUCUUUCCCCUGUCUGUUCCUAGAGAGAUUGGCUUCCAGAAGUACUCAAGUGUCCUUGGUACCUUGGCAGCAUGCUAUCUGACCCUGGUGAUUGUAUUAAAAUACUAUCUGCGACCAGAGCAUAUUAUUAUGCACGAAAACCAUUAUGCUUCAAGGGCUUCUUCCUGGGCUUCCAUGUUCAGCGUCAUCCCAACCAUCUGCUUUGGAUUUCAGUGCCAUGAAGCCUGUGUAGCCAUCUACAGCAGCAUGUACAACAAGAAACUCUCCCACUGGAUUGUGGUGUCUGUACUCUCCAUGAUCAUCUGUUUGCUCAUGUAUUCCCUUACAGGACUUUAUGGCUACUUGACAUUUGGUGGUGAUGUUGCUGCUGAUAUUCUGAUGUCCUACCCAGGAAAUGAUGUGGUUGUCAUCAUUGCUCGCCUACUCUUUGGUGUCUCCAUCGUUACCAUCUACCCUAUUGUUGUCCUCUUGGGAAGGUCUGUCCUACGGGAUGUCUGCCUGAACUCCAAGUGCAGCUACAUGGUGAUCAUGGAGCCUUAUGAGAGAUGGACGAGGAUCACGCUGACUAGCACAUGGAUCAUAGUCACGCUCAUCAUUGCUUUGUUUGUCCCUGACAUUAGUGAAGUCAUCAGUAUUAUUGGUGGCAUCAGUGCAUUCUUCAUCUUCAUCUUCCCAGGGCUCUGUCUAGUUUGUGCAAUGGAAACUGAACCCAUUGAACCACGGAAAAAGUCCUGUUUAAUUGUCUGGGGGGUCAUCUCUGUCUUUUGUGGAGCUUUCAUCUUUGGCCAAAGCACAACUAUUGCCAUCAUGGAGUUGUCCUAUAAACUCUAGGUGCUUUUAGCAAGGAUACUCGCAACUUGGUCUCCUAUAGUCUGGUCCACUGUGACCAGCUUGGUGCUAUUUGUAACGAAUAACACACCUCCAUAGAGGAUAGUUUGGAGCAUCAUUUCCAAGUGACUGACAGGAGUGUA